CUCUCCCCUCCUCUCUCCCUCCUCCUCCAACUCCACAUCGAUCAGCAGCAGCAGCAGCUUGCACACUCGAGCUUAGCUUAGCUUUUGCAAGAGAGAUCGAGCUAGAGAUGGAGAAGUCGAGCAAGAUGAUGGCGGUGGCGGCGGUGCUGGUGCUCGCGGUGGUCGGCGCGGCGGAGGCGAGGAACAUCAAGGCGGCGGCGGCGGCGGCGGCGGAGAGCAAGGACACGGUGGUGCAGCCGACGACGUUCCCGCCGUUCGACCGCUUCGGGAGCGCGGUGCCGGCGUUCGGCGGCAUGCCCGGCAGCAGCAUCCCGGGGUUCAGCCUCCCCGGCAGCAGCGGCUCCACCCCCGGCGGCCUCGGCGGCUUCGGCAGCAUGCCCAUGUUCGGCGGCCUCGGCGGCGGCUCACCUGGCCUCGGCGGCGGCAUGCCCGGCUCCCCCGCCGCCGCCGACAAGCAGGCCAAGAAGCCAUGAGAGACCUCGCCGUCGCCGGCGGCGUCGCCGCUGCUGCGCGGGUAAUGUGCUCUAUGUAGCGCACGGCGUUGCAUGCAAUAUGGAUGGCUAUAUGACGCGCGCGCGUUAUAUCUUCAUAUGUGCAGUUAGCUUGCACUGUGUCUAGCUAGCGUUCUAUUAUGAGUAGUGUCUCUUCUAUCUCUUUUCUUUACAUGCAUUUGGAGGAGGAUUAUUCUAUCUGUUUGUUGGUUGGUUGUGUUUGUUUGUUUUAAUUAGGUCCCUUCUUAUAUUUUGUGUUUUAAUUAAGUUCGUGAUCAUGUAGUAGUACUACCACUGUUUCGAGCUCGAGGCAUGAAUAAUGCUAAAUGUGAUCAUUAUUGUGUUAUUGUA